UACCGAACAAAACGCCCAUUUCUUUCCUAUCGGAAAAUCCCUCCAAUCGGAGAUGAGUCGUCGGCGGAAAAACCAGCGGUCCGGCGAGAAUUGCAGCGAAUCAGGUAUUCUCGACGAGCGGAUUCUAGUGCUGGUCUUCGAAUCCAUGAAUUGGGAUCCGCACGUGCUGUGCAAGGUAGCAUGUGUGAGCCACAAGCUCCGUGCAGUGGCUAGGCGUGUUCUGUGGAGGGAGCUGUGCGUAUCGCGGGCCCCGAGGAUGGUAGGGGCACUGAUUAGCAGCGCUCCGAGCGGGCGCGUAGGCGGCGGCUGGCACGCCCUUGCGAAGCUGUUCUUCUUCUGUUGCGGAUGCGUAUCAAGCCGCCACUUCCGUGUGGACCGUACAUUGCCGGGCCACUUCGUGGGAGCAUCUCGAUUCUCGAAGACAUCUGGGAAGAGCUUCUUGGCAAGGAAGUGCUGGGGGGACUUGUUGUACGUGAGUGAUCCGUGCGAGCACGAAAUGGGGCCCGACGAGGACGACAUUGGUGUAUACCGGGGCGUUUUCAGCGCAUUCAUGAAGUCGCGCACACGUGCGUGCUUGAUCAAGAGGCAGGUGGAAUUAGAAGCCCACGUGAGGUGCCCAUACUGCGGGGCACGCGUGUGGAGUAUGACCGCGGCACGGCUCGUACCGCAGAGUGCCUGGAAGCGGCUGGGGUCACACAACGGACGGCUGGAGUACUUUGUAUGUGUGAAUGGUCACUUGCACGGGAACUGCUGGUUGGUACCGUUAUCAAGCGAUGAUGACUACGACGAUGACGGUAAUGAUCUUGACGGUGAUGAUGUUGGUGUUAAUGGAAAAGUGAGACGCGGAGCGUAGAUCAUGGAUGGACCAUUGCCUUGAAGUGGCUUGGAGAACUUUUAGCUCCCUAGCUUCGUUUUCUUGGCGGUGUAUGAGAUCAGAUUGUGUGGUCCUCACGCGGUUUGUGAU